AUGUACUCCAUUAUCAAAUCACUUUUAAUCAUUCUAUCAAUUAUGGUUUUGAUAUUACUUCUACUUGGCUUGCUGCCAAAUUUCUUUUAUUUCGUCCAUGCUCAGAACUGCUCGAAUUGCGUUGAAUCUGGGAAUAUAUGGUGCGUUGAAUCUGCUCAAUGCAACGACACAUUUCCCUCAUGCCAAACUCAGAUUUCACUGCAACUAAAUUGUCCAACCCUUCCAAAUACAAAAUAUGCGUAUGAUGAUAGUUUUAUGAGAACCCAACAGUUGGUUCUUGCCUCCGCAUCACACUGUGAUAAUCCACAACGUUGUUUUGACAGCCAAAUCCCAACUAUCAAAGUGCUAAGCGUCCGGACUGUCAAUUGCUCCGCGAACGCUGAAGAAGUCACUUGUAUGGGAUACACAGCAUACGAUGUCAGCCGAAAGAUUAUAAUCAUGUCUUUCCGAGGAUCGAAAGGUCCUUAUCAAAAUCAGCAAAUGGCAGAUGGAAUGGCCUCUGGAGGUCUCUUAAAUUAUUUUGGACACUCUGGAAAAAUAUUCAAAAUAGGUUACGACUACUUUCAAUUGCUUUGGAACGGAGGAAUGCAGCAGGAUCUUAGGAGUUUGAAGUAUAAAUAUCCAGGAUUUCAAUUAUGGAUCAAUGGACAUUCUCUCGGAGGAAUGCUUUCAUGGGUUGCAUCUUCGUAUCUUGUCACUAGUGGUUUAUAUAAACCAGAAGAUAUCAAAGUUGUGGCAUUUGGGAGUCCGAGACUUGGAGACUAUGAUUUUUCACUUUGGUACACUCAAACGUUCCCCUACUCAUACCACAUCAUCCAUCGUUUGGAUCUGAUUCCAAGAGUCCCAGUGAUCGAUCCACAUACAAAUACAACAGUUUUGUUUCACCCGAGAACCGAAGUUUGGUACAAUAACUACAUGAAAAUCGAUGAUCCAUAUCAAAUUUGUGAAGAAGCCGAUGGAAAUUACUGUAGUGCGGCUGUGACAGAAGGAUUGACCAUGACAGAUCAUGGAUACUAUUUCAAUGUGAAUAUGCCGGCGUGGGGAAGAGAUGGAUGUCCGCAGAAUAUCAGCGAAUAUGCACAACUUUGA